AUCAUUGUCGUUGGACCAGAAUAAGAUAAUAUAUAUAUACUACAAAUUUAAGUGCCAAAGGUUUCCGAAAAUAUGUUUCUACUGCGAAUUGGUUUGCUCUUGGCCUCGCUGUUCCUUACGGCAGCGUAUCCCUUGGAAGGCCAGGCGAAACCCGCGCAGCAUGCGGCUCUUGAUCCGGCCGACUAUCCCGACCUGACGCAUGGACUGAGCGAUGCCGAAGUGGAGUCCACACUGAACGGCCUGUCGCUAGACGAUUUGAAUGCACUGAAUAAACUGUUGGAUGAUGCCGGCAAUGGACCAUUCGAUUUGGAGGCAAGCCUUAGGGGACACCAUAGACAGGCAAAGAAACAGCACUACGACGACAUGGAUGCCGUCGAUGAGGACCUGGAGGUUGCUCUGAAAUCGAACAAGCAAUCGCUGGACGACAGCUGCCACGACGAGGACGAUUCGGACAAGGAGAAGGACCAGUGCACUGAACGGCCCAAGUGCAGCAAGCGACCCACCACACGACGCUGCACCUCAACCACCAGAAGAUGCGCCACCACGGCAUGCAAGUCCCUGGACGGCUUCCUGGACAUACAUGUGGAUGGUGCCAAAUUCGAGAGCGGCUCCAAGAAGAACUGCAAGGACAUCGAGGAGUGCGAUCCGGAGGACCAGAUGUGCCUGCAGCGCAACCAUCAGCGAGCCAAGCAAAGGUCGAACAUACAGGAUUUCUCCGAUCUGGCCACGGACCAGGAGCCCAGCAGCAUGGACAGUCUGGAACGAUUGGCUGCCCAGGCGCACCGCGACGAAUCACUCAAGCUGCACAAGCAACUAGACGGUUGGAAUGGCAAGGAUGACACACUGCCGGAUGUGUUUAACAUGGACUAUGGCAAACUGUCCAAUGCGAAUGCAGCCGGGAAUAUGCAUGACUUUAAGGAGCUGCCCAAGCUGGUGGCCGAGGACGAGGGCCAGCCGCAGCAAAGCGAGGAGGAGUCCAAGCAGGCGGAACUCCAAAUGCCCUACGAGCGUCAUCAGCUCGCGCGGACCGCACACGAUCAGCAGCAGGCGCAGCAGCAGGAGGACAAGGAGGAGGAUGAACUGGAUGGCUCGGCGCUCGAUGAGAAUGCGGCACCAGCUGCCGUCGAGGAGCGUGGAGUCGGCGACGAGGUCGAAGCCGCCGAGCCAUUGCCGCUGGCUAACGACAUGGCAGCCAACGAUGGCGACAGUUUCAUUGCGCAAAAUGCGCGUGAGCCCUUGCGCUAUCUUAUCCAAACCGAGAACGGGGUCAUCAAGAGCGAGAAUGGGCCCGGCGAGCAGCAGCUGCAAACGGACAAACGACACAGCGAAAUGCUCAACUAUGACGCGUAUCAGCUCUCCAAUCCCGGCCAGACUCGGCUGGAGUCCAAACGCUACAAGCGCGACAGCCGGAAAACCGACGACGCACCCGAGAACACGAACGAAAGCUACCUGAAGAAGCUGAUGGACUCGUUCCCACGUGACCAGGGUGGCCAGAGCAAUCUCAACAUGGCCAUCAGGCAGGCGAAACGCACGCAUUUUCGCGUCAAACGAAGUUAAGUUUUCACAAUUCCAUUUGUUCAAUUGACUUAGGUGUAUAUUAUAUAUAUAAAUAUAAUUGUAUAUAUU